CAUCAAAUGCGCUACUAACUAGUAAUAUUACCGCAGCUGAAGCAUUUAGUAGUUACCCGCAUAGAUAUGGUGACAAAUCGAAAAUUAUCACUUGAGCCAAGCCAAAUAAAAUUCAAGGGCAAAACUAUAGGAUAUCGGCAUCUGCAAUGUCUACUGAUAUCCUUGACAUUUGGACUACUUUUCGCCAUGCGCGUCAACCUCUCGGUUGCCAUUGUGGCUAUGAUGGAUAAUAAGGGCGCGAAUCCAAAUUUUCCUGAGUAUGCCUGGACGCAGAAAACCAAAUCUCAUAUACUCAGCAGCUUCUUUUGCGGUUACAUUUUGGUGCAAAUUCCCGCUGGUGGCUGGGCGCGACGUUUAGGUGGUCACUUAUUACUCCUCAUGAGUAUAACGAUGAGCAGCAUUAUGGCGCUACUAACCCCGUUUAGUGUCAAUUUAGGUGGUUGGCCACUGCUAUGUGCAUUGCGCUUUUGUCAGGGCUUAUUUCAAGGCGUAACCCUUCCAACAAUUGCAACAUUAAUGUCGAAAUGGUCACCGAUUGAGGAACGUAGUGCCUUGCAAACAUAUUGCUAUUCAGGUGCACAAUUGGGCAUAGUGAUGAUGUUGGCUACCAGUGGUGUACUUUGCUCUUCCAGCUGGGGUUGGCCAAGCACAUUCUAUCUACCCGGUGUACUAGGCUUACUUGUGGCUAUACUUUGGUUUAUAUUCGGUGCGAGUACGCCGCGUGACUGUAAGCACAUUUCUGUCGAAGAACGUACUAUGAUUGAGGAGUCAUUGGGGCAUAGUAAGAAAAGCGAUGAAAUUGCACCGCAACAUGCAGUGCCGUGGAAGAAAAUAUUCACAUCGAAGCCAUUUUUGGUACUCUUAUUUACUCAUUGCACCAACAAUUGGUGCUUUUGGACGUUGCUUACCCAAAUACCAUCCUACAUUAAUAGUGUGCUCGGCAAGGAUAUCAAGAGCAAUGCAAUGCUUUCGUCGUUACCCUAUAUAACUAUGUUGGCGCUAUCGCUUGCACUCUGUCCCAUGGCGAGCUGGUUAGAGAAAUCAAAAUUAUUAAAUGCCACUGUCAGUCGUAAGAUUUUCAAUACGAUCGGUCAUUGGACACCGGUCAUAUCACUCGUAUCAUUGGGCUAUUUAAGGCCCGAUCAAGGUGAUUUGGCAGUCGCUUUGCUAACAAUAACCGUUACCAUCAACACAUUAGCGCAUUUUGGCUAUGCUGUGAAUCAUCUCGACUUGGCACCCAACUUUGCUGGUACCUUGAUGGGCAUCGCCAAUUGCUCAUCCAAUGUUAUGGGUAUCUUAGCGCCACUAGUGGUUGGCUUCAUCGUCACAGAUACGACAAACAUCUAUCAAUGGCGCAUAAUCUUCUCAUUAGCUGGUGCCAUAAGUUUUUCAGGCAAUCUUAUGUUCCUGAUAUUCGGUACAGCUAAGGUGCAACAUUGGAACGAGCCUCCUCGUAUAGUUCAAGAAACAGAACCACUAAAAGGAUUGGUCAUUGAUGUGAAGAAGACCGAUGAUGAAGCUGAGGAAGGCGAUGUUCGAGUUUAAGUGCGAUGUAAUAUGACAAAAUAUUUCUUUCGAAUUAAGUUGGUUUUCCUCAGUUUCAUAUAGUCUAUAUCGUGCAUGUAGCUAAACGGAGUUUUACACGCACAACCUAUUCCAGUAGGCGUCGAGGGGUGAUUUCUUACAUAUAGGGGUGUAGAUAGUUUUGAAAAAUCAUUUCGAAAUAGAGAAAACAAACAUUUGGUGAUAGAAAGCACUUUUUUGUUUUCUCAAAACAAUCGAAGAAAAAAAAAAUGUUUGACAUAAGUAAAACUUAUUUGGAUUACAAGCUGACUGACUACGUGGAAAUUUAAAUGGUGCGGAACGAGUUUAUUAGAAUCCAUUAUUCGGGAAACUCCCACGGUAGAUAUUCAGUGUUUUUUACUAUUUUAGAAGCCAGCAAAUUGUGAGUUUUAAUCUAAUAAGAGAUGCAGAAUCUUACAUCAUUGAAGAAUUGAAAGUUAUAUAGACUCCAUGGGAAUUGCGCAGUCACGCUAAGCGAAUUAAGCUUUAAACGCCUGAUACCAUAUACUGAUAACUAGAAGAAGCAGAUAUUAAUUUUACGAAUGCCUAAAAUUCUGACAUCGACCGUUUUUUUAUAAAAAUAUAAAGUACAAUGCACUCAUUAUAUGAAAAAAGCCUGUAAACACUUACUUAUUUCCCAACUUUGUACAAAAUUCACAAAAAUUUAACAAAUUUCAAAGAAGUAGCAUCGAAAUAUUCAACUUUUUAAUCAGAGUCUCUACUAGGUUCCACUCGACUUUGGUGUGGGUAGUUUUAAAGCGCAUUCAUUUCUAAAAUUGCAUUGGCGUAAAUUUUUCUAAAUAUUUUAAUUGUAAGUUUGAA